AUGAACAAGCUGUAUAUUGGAAAUCUGAACGAAAACGUGACUGCAGAGGACUUGGUUAAAACCUUUGAUGACUACAAGAUUCCGUACUCUGGGCAGUUUCUCAUGAAAACUGGCUACGCGUUUGUUGAUUGCCCGGACGACCAGUGGGCUAUGAAAGCAAUUGAAACAUUUUCUGGUAAAGUGGAACUCCACGGCAAACGAAUUGAGGUCGAACAUUCUGUGCCCAAGAAGCAAAGGACCAGGAAGCUACAAAUUAGAAACAUUCCACCGCACCUACAAUGGGAGGUCCUCGACGGUCUGCUUGCCCAGUACGGAACCGUGGAGAACUGUGAACAAGUCAACACAGAGAGUGAGACCGCAGUGGUGAACGUGACGUAUGCGACGCGGGAGCAAGCAAGACAAGCUAUCCAGAAGCUGAAUGGUUACCAGUUUGAGAACAACGCCCUGCGUGUCUCCUACAUCCCCGAUGAGACAUCCGAUGUUGACUCGCAGCGAGGCCCAGACAACGGCCGUCGCCCAGGUUACGGUUCCCGCGGCAGUCCCCGUCAGGGCUACCCCAGCUCGGGACUCCCCACCAAGCAGCAGCACGCCGACAUCCCCCUCAGGCUCUUGGUGCCUACCCAGUACGUGGGAGCCAUCAUCGGCAAGGAGGGAGCCACCAUCCGUAACAUCACGAAACAGACUCAGAGCAAGAUUGAUGUGCACCGUAAAGAGAACGCCGGCGCAGCCGAAAAGCCAAUCAGCAUCCACUCCACGCCGGAGGGCUGUUCAGCUGCCUGCCGCAUGAUCCUGGAUAUCAUGCACCAGGAGGCCAAGGAUACCAAGACUGCUGACGAGGUGCCUCUGAAAAUUCUUGCCCACAACAACUUUGUUGGACGACUGAUUGGCAAGGAGGGCCGCAACCUCAAGAAAGUGGAGCAGGACACGGAUACCAAGAUCACCAUCUCACCACUGCAGGACCUGACUCUGUACAAUCCAGAGAGGACCAUUACAGUUAAGGGUUCCAUUGAGGCCUGCUGUCUGGCUGAACAGGAAAUCAUGAAGAAAGUGCGGGAAGCCUAUGACAAUGACAUUGCUGCAAUGAAUCAACAGACUCAUCUGAUACCUGGACUUAACUUAGGAGCACUUGGACUGUUUCCUCCGUCCUCUUCUAUGCCCCCUCCACCUCCUGGCAACCCUGGAGGUGUUGCCCCCUAUGGGACAUUUGGGGCUCCUGAGCAGGAGACUGUCCACGUGUACAUCCCCGCCCAGGCCGUAGGGGCCAUCAUCGGCAAAAAGGGCCAGCAUAUCAAACAGCUAAGUCGCUUUGCCGGCGCCUCCAUCAAGAUCGCGCCAGCUGAGUCUCCCGACUCGAAGAUGCGCAUGGUCAUUGUCACUGGACCCCCCGAGGCGCAGUUCAAGGCUCAAGGGAGAAUCUAUGGUAAACUGAAGGAGGAGAACUUCUUUGGUCCUAAAGAGGAAGUAAAGCUGGAAACACACAUCAAAGUGGCUGCAGCCGCUGCAGGCAGAGUCAUCGGUAAAGGCGGAAAAACGGUAAACGAGCUGCAGAAUCUGACAGCGGCUGAAGUCGUGGUCCCUCGCGAGCAGACCCCGGAUGAGCAGGACCAGGUCAUCGUCAAAAUCAUCGGCCACUUCUACGCAAGUCAGCUGGCACAGAGAAAGAUUAGGGACAUUCUGACACAAGUCAAACAGCAACAGAAAGGUGGGAUGGGGGGCACUCCAGGACCACAUGCACAUACCAUGUCUGAGCUGGGGCCCCAACAUGGACUGGCACAGGACCCCCAAACCAGGAGGAAGUGAGGGGCCAGGGCCUUUAAUGGACAGACGGACGGACG